GUCUAAAAACGAACUUCCAUUGGCCAUCUCCAUUAUUCAUCUUUUCGAAAGUCCUCGUUUUUUGUAAACACAGCUUUGGCUCUGUUGCUGUUGUCAGUUGAUGACUUUGCGUCAGUAAUAUAACACAAUGCUUUAAUCUCAGUGUGGAGUAUCUUUACUGUAGAAAUGUAUACUGACAACCACAUACACGACAUUGUGGUAAAACGCAACACUUCGUCCUCAAGAAAAAGAUCAAGGGAUGGCAUAAGAAGUCACAUCACUCCAGCCAAGAAGCGGUCCAGUUUCACGUCAACAAAAUGCACUUCCGGUGAAGGACACACUUAUGCUGAAGACAUGACUGAGAAUAAAGGCACAGAGCUGUGCUGCAGUGACAAUGAGGACUUAUUUGAGGGUUAUGACAGCAUUGUGGGUGACAGCUCCUUUCUGGCUAAGCUUGAAGAUGUAGAGCUCCAGAUGAGGCAGUGUCAUGAUCAGCAGACUCCAAACCCCUGUGAGGAUGAUCUUUCAGACUCUAUCUUAGCAGAGGAUUUCAGAGACUCACCACCGAGAGCUUUGCCAAGCUCUCAAAUUGAAUUUCAAAAAGCUGUCACAACCCCACACAAAAGCCUUUCCAGGGGUGCAUAUAACACCUCUACUCCUGAUUUGAUGAAUCCCAGGCCAGCUGUCAAUCAUGCAGAUCUCAAUGUUAAAAAGCCACCCUCAAAAGCCAGAAGAAGCAUGAAAGAUCAUCUUAAGAAAGUACUGAUAGAUAAUGCAGCAGCAUCCAGCACCGUCUCCAAGACUGUACAACAAAAGGAAGCUGUGAUGACUGAAGAAAUGAGUUUUGCCAUGCAGGCCAUGGAGUCCAUAUCAGCUGAGGGGGACCUGGGCCCUUUUUUUGGUCUCCCAUCCAAAGUUAAAGACCUUAUUUUGAGGUUAAAGGGAAUCCAGGACUUGUAUGAUUGGCAGAAAACAUGUUUGAGUCUGGAUUCGGUGCAACAAAGGAGAAAUCUCAUUUAUUCUUUACCAACAAGUGGAGGGAAGACUCUAGUAGCAGAGAUUCUUAUAUUUAAAGAGCUCUUGUGUAGAAAGAAAGAUGCCCUGCUUAUUUUGCCAUACAUAUCCUUGGUUCAGGAAAAGGUUCGAGGGUUGUCUAGCUUUGGAAUUGAGUUGGACUUCAUGGUCGAGGAGUAUGCUGGCAGUAAAGGGAAGUUUCCUCCAGUCAAGAGAAGAAAUAAAAACACUCUGUACAUCACUACCAUUGAGAAGGGACACAGUCUUGUCAAUUCACUAAUUGAAAAUGACCGUAUAGACAAUAUCGGCCUGCUUGUUGUGGAUGAGCUCCAUAUGCUUGGUGAUGGGAGCAGGGGGGCAAUUCUUGAAAUGACUUUGUCAAAGAUUCUGUAUAUGAGCAAAUCAACUCAAAUUAUCGGUAUGAGUGCUACUCUAGGCAACGUGAGAGAUCUUCAGACCUUCCUGAAUGCUGAAAACUACUCCAAUGACUUUAGACCUGUUGAGCUGAAAGAGUAUGUAAAAAUAAAGGAUAGCAUAUAUGAAGUUGAUCCAAAGGAAGAGACAUGCUUCAGUUUCUCACGUCUCCUGGAUUUCAAGUACUCCAGUGGAAUGCAGAAGAUGGACCCUGACCACAUCAUAGCUCUGGCAACUGAAGUCAUCCCACAGCAGUCCUGCCUCAUUUUCUGUGCCACCAAGAAGAACUGCGAGAAUCUAGCUGGAAUGAUCUGCAAGUAUUUAAAUAAGGAGUUUCUAAAACACAAGAAGGCAGAGAAAGACACACUUCUGGGUGAACUGAAGAGCAGUGGGAAUGGAUCCUUGUGUCCUGUGCUGCAGAAGACUGUGCCCUUUGGCCUGGCCUACCACCACAGUGGCCUGACUAGUGAUGAGAGGAAGCUGGUGGAAGAAGCCUAUUCCUCAGGGGUGCUCUGCCUCCUCACAUGCACCUCUACUCUUGCUGCUGGCAUCAACCUCCCUGCACGAAGGGUUAUUCUGAGGUCCCCAUAUGUAGCUGCAGAGUUUUUAAAGAGAAGUCAAUACAAACAGAUGGUUGGCAGAGCAGGACGAGCAGGUAUCGAUGUCAUGGGAGAGAGUAUCCUGAUCCUGCAGGACAAAGAUAUAAAUAUGGCCAAAAAUCUAUUGUCUGCACCAAUGGAGAAGUGUUAUAGUAACCUGCUGCACGAUGGAGGGAGGGGCCUUCUCAGUCUCGUCCUGUCACUCAUUGGCCUGAAAAUAACUACAACUGUAGAACAAGUGAGGGAUUUCAUGAAAGGCACGCUGCUUAGUGUGCAGGAGGCUCAGGUCAGUCCAGAGAGGAGUCUGUGGGAUCUUACAGUUGAAUCUAUAGAGACACUGAAGAAGAAGAGCCUCAUUGAAGCCUCUGCUGAUGUACAUAAUGAAACCAUUCUCCAAAUCACCAGGCUUGGAAGAGCAACAUUCAAAGGUUCAGUGGACCUAAACUACUGUGAUCUGCUCUACCGAGACUUAUCGAAGGGGCUGGAGGGUUUACUCCUCAAUAGUUUUCUUCACUUAGUCUAUCUGGUUACUCCAUAUGACAUGGUGAAUCAAUGCAAGCCGGAUUGGAUGAUCUACUUCAGACAGUUUACAAAUUUGUCAGCUGCUGAGCAGAAGAUGGCCACUGCAGUCGGAGUGCCUGAAAGUUUUGUGGCUAGAAAGGCAGCAGGACAGAGCGUGAGGAAGUCUGUGGACAUUGUGGUAGUGAAUAGGUUGUAUCUGGCCCUAGUGCUGUACUCCCUACUGAAGGAGACAAACCUGUGGAACGUGUCCGAUAGGUUCCAGCUGACUAGAGGCUUUGUUCAGUCUCUCCUCAGCUCAGCUUCUGCCUUUGGGUCCUCUGUGCUGCACUUCACUGAGGAGCUGGAGGAGUUUUGGGCCUACAAGUCUCUUCUCUCAGAGCUGACCCGUAGAUUGACUUACUGUGUGCAGGCUGAGCUCAUUCCACUCAUGGAGGUGGCUGGAGUCAUGGAGCAUCGUGCUAAGCAGCUAUAUAACGCUGGUUACAAGACACUGGCGCAUCUUGCCAACGCAGAUCCACAAAUUCUGGUCAGAACUAUUGAAAACCUCUUCAAGAGACAAGCCAAUCAAAUUAUUGCAUCAGCAAAAAUGUUAAUAAAAGAGAAAGCGGAGGCCUUGCAGGAGGAGGUGGAUGAUCUGCUUAUGCUGCCAUCUGAUCUCCCAUCGUUGUAAAUUCUUAUGUUUAUUUUUUAUUUAUAUGAUGUAAAUAGUAUGUAUAUUAUUUAAUCUAUCUGGUAUUAUGUAAACUAUAUUGUGCCUAUGUCUGGCUGAAAUAAAAAUGGGAGUAACCCCGGA